AUGAGAGAUCCGAAGGCCACCGCGGCGGCGGCGGUGACGCUCCCGGAGGACGUCGUGCUGGAGAUCCUCGCGCGUGUGCCGGACGUGGCCGACCUCUUCCGCUGCGCCGUGGCGUGCAAGCGCUGGCGCGUGCUCGUGGCCGACCGGCCGUUCCUGCGCCGCCGCUGGCCGGACCACGCGCGCCACCCUUCGUCCCUCCUCGGCUUCUUCGGCCAGGAUUGGUGGAGAGAGGACGUCCCCGCUCCUCUGCCGGACUUCGUGCGCGCGCCGCGAUCAGUCCUCGGCCCCGGCCGUCCCUUCCUCGGCUCCUUGGUCCCCGGCGCCGCCGGGCUCUUCGACCGCGCCGUGCCGCUCGCCUCGAACCGCGGCCUCCUCCUCGUGCGCUACGUUCCACGCGGCGGCGACCCUCACAUGGACGGCACGGAGCCGACCGUCGACCACCUCGCUGUCUGCAACCUGCUCUCCGGCACGUGCGACCUGCUUCCGCCGCUGCAGUGCGGCCGGUUCUCCAACUACCUCGACACGAGCGCCUACGCCGUCCUAACCGGCGCAGACUGCUGCCCGAGGAGUGGCCAUCCGCCGUGCCCGCCGGCGAAGAAACCCCUUUUCAAGGUGCUAAUCAUCGGCAUCAGCCAGGACGGCAUGCGGUACGACCUCCACACGUUCUCGUCCGGCGAGCCGAGCUGGAGCGCGCCCACCAAGUGCUUCAACCCGAUAGAGCACCGCAUCUUCGGACCGAUCAUGCAGCGCGACGCCGUCGUGCGCCGCGGCACGGUGCACUGGCUGCUCUGGGACAUGGUGAACUUCCACGCCCUCAACGUGGACGCCAUCACCGGACGCGUCUCCUUGCACAUGCUCCCGGCUCCACGGCCGCAAGACCUCGUCCGCUGCAUGUAUGACAACCCACGGCUGAGCGUUGCCGCUGACGGGACGACGCUAUCGUCCCUUUGUUUGUUCCGGGAAGACCUCACAGUGGAGAUCUGGACAUGGCGGGACGACGGGGACGACGACGGAGAGAGGGGUCACUGGAGCCGCGAUAGGGUGGUGGAGCUGCGACGGCCCAAGCAGAAGCAGAUCGACGGACCCUUGUGCAUGUGUAUGGGAGAGAGGAGCGGCACGAUGCUCGUCAGGGCCGACGGCCGGUGCAUAUACCUCGCGGAUCUUGAGAGCGGUGUGCUGGAGGAGGUGACCGAUCAGUUCUGUGGCAUCGCCGGCUGGAAGACGGCGUUCCCCGUGGAGAUUGAUUGGCCGGCUUUCUUCAUGCAUCGGCUCGGCGGAAAGUCGACUGUCUAAUUUGGCGAUGACAAGUGCUGCAGAGACUUCACGAAGAGACAAAGUUUCAAUAAAGCUUUAUUUGCUACUCCAAAACGUUUUAUAAAUGGGAACAGAGAAAGCACUAUAUAUGCUUCAUGUUUUGCG